CCGACGAAACGGAAAUGCUCGUCACCUGGGUGGUGAAGAGCGGCUCCGUCCACGACACGCCCACCGUCGAGUACGGCCCAAGUGAGGGCAGUCUUCACCUGAAGGCCACCGCCGAGGCGACUCACUUCAAGGAGGACAAGACGGAGUUUCGCACCUUCCGCGCCCUGAUGACCGGCCUGACGGCGGGCGGCUCCACGGUGUACUACCGGGUGGGCAGCUCUGGAACGGCCUGGAGCAAGACCUUCCACUUUAGGACGCUGAGCAGAAGUAGCUCAUCAAGCAGUUGGCUGCCCCGCCUGGCCAUCUACGGCGACCUCGGCUACACCAACGCCCAGUCGACGCCCUAUCUGGUGAAGGAGGUCGCUGCCGGCCACCUUGACGCCCUCUUUCACAUCGGCGACUUUGCCUAUGAUCUGCACAGUAAAGACGGCGAACGAGGCCACGAUUUUAUGGAGAUGAUUGAGCCGAUCGCCGCUCAGGUUCCCUAUAUGACCAUUCCGGGCAACCACGAAGAGCACGCCAACUUCAGCCACUAUGAUGCCCGCUUUUCGAUGCUCGGCGACCGCCACCAGCCCGCCCAGCAUAAGGAGGGAAAACCACCACUGAACCACCGUCUGAACAACCACUACCACUCGAUGACCGUCGGCCCGGUGAAGGUGAUCAUGAUCAACACCGAGUACUACUACUACACCGGCUACGGCUGGGGCCAGAUCAGCCGGCA